UGUUUCACACGAUCCAUACUUUUUGUAGAACCGGAUGUGAGGGGGACUUUAAUACUGACGCAAUCCGGUACCGUACAACGAAAAGAGCGAACCUUGCCCAAAAUGGUGUAAAGACGUGAAACCACAACACGCCCAUCUUUUCAUGAACAAGUCACCUGCAGUCAACAACCUGGCUUCAUCGCAGUGAAAGGCGAGAGUGGAUAUUGGUUUGCAAGCAAGCACUCCCAUCCCACUAAUUCAAAGGAUUGUAGCUAACAAGCUAGCUACGCAACGCAGCUAACUAUGGAGCCCUCCGAGCAACAGCAGACGGGCCCAGGCUCUGGCUCUCAGGAGGUCAACCCUGUGUACCUGCAGCAGCUGCGAGAGCUGGACAUCCCUGAGGAGGCUGCUAAGCAAGCACUCUUGCACACCCGAAACGUGUCUGCUGAGGAGGCUGCCAUGUACUACUUUAACAAGCUGGAGAAUGAGGAGGAAGGAGACGACGACCUCAUGUUCAAGAUGGUGUUUGUGGUGAACAUGGACCUGGCCAUGGGUGUGGGAAAGCUGGCUGCGCAGGUGGGCCACGCAGCCGUGGGGCUCUACCAGGCCCUGCAGGAGAAGAAUAGCUGGAGGGAGAUGGCCUGGAAGUGGGACCAUGGCGGGGCGAAGAAGGUGGUGGUGCAGGGGACCAACAUGGCCCACCUUUUGGAGCUGCAGGCCCUGGCCAUGAGCCUUAGCCUGCCCACAUACCUGGUCCAGGAUGCCGGACGCACCCAGGUGGAAGCCGGCUCACGCACUGUCCUGGCAAUCGUUGGGGAGGAGGAGAUGGUGAACAAUGUCACUGGAAGUCUGAAGCUGCUCUGAGGGACUAAACCAGCUGUGGAGGUGCAGGGCUGUGCAAUGCCACAGAGGCAACCAGCAGAGGGCAGCAUCCCCCUAACAGCAGAAGGGUCUCAGCAUGCAAACGCAACAACUUAAAAUAAAAAAUGAAAAAAAGAGUAAAACAACCAGACAUGACCCAACCACCAAGGUGAACAUUCAGCCAUUUUUUUUCUGUUCCCUGUCUGAGCCACUGACUGGAGAAGAGAUGUGUAUAGAGUUGCUCAUGUCGAGAGGAAGGGACUGGUUACUCAAACCGACAAUUUUGAAGCCAGUUUGAACAGUUAAGCUAUUUAAGAGGGAUGACCAUUACUGUAUGAGAGAAUGGUAUCCAAUUUUUAUGAAGCUGGAAGUUCAUGGCAUCCCAUAAUUCUGACUCCCAAAUUAAAAUAUGAUUUGGUGUAUUGAAAAAAAAAAAUCAAGGAUAGAACCUAGUGUUUUGGUGUUUGUUAAAUACUGUUAUUGUAAUUCAAGCAGCAAAAUAUAUAAAUGUAAUAAUCCUUUUUAGAUGUAGGAUCUUCCUGUGAAAGUUACUGCUUGUCAGUAAGGAGAGCUUUACUGACAACUUUACCAUUGCGUCGAUGUGUAAACUAAUGUGUAUAUGUAUACACAUGUAUGUAUGCGACAUUCUUCCCCAAAGACCCUGCCCCUUAGAAAUGAUAACACUACAUACUGACGUCAUGGCCGUCCAUUGCUUUUAUGUGCAUCCGUCCAGGCCAUAUAUAAUCGGUGGCAUGCCAUCAACAUUUCGCACAAUCACUGUUGUUUUUUUUUUACAUUUGUUUUGGAGUUUUUUUUUCUCCAUUUUCUGUUCUUGCAAAAAAGGAUAAGGUCGACUCGGCUUGCUCUGAGUUAUAAUUCCUGGACUUGGGGGUUUGGCGUAAAAAUAAGUGUGAGGAACUCAUUGUAUGGGUUAAAAUAAGCUGCCGGGCUUGAUGCUUGCACAGGUACUCUUGCUGAUUAUUAAUGGUUUACACAAGUGAAAUGUUUUGUGUCAUUUUUAAAACUGCUUUGAGGGUAAAUGUGUUAUCUUUCUCUACGAUGUAAUCUAAAAGAUGUCUAGCUAUAACUUCUACCUAAUCAGUAUAAAUAUCUAAGCUGGAGUAGCAGUUAACUACAUAAAGAAAUUAUACAUUCUUGCCCUUACAGAUUUAAGCAUUGGACAACCAGAUGCCUAGGAUAUGUUUCUGUUAAAACAACUCAUUGUUCAUUACUUAAGCAAAAAUGAAUAGUAUUUUGUGAGCAUGUGAUGCCAUUUGGGACCGUAAAUGGCUCUGAAGUCUUAAUAAAUAUGGAAUGGUCUUAUUAUUUAAAUGGAACUGACAUGACAUGCAUGUAACAGUUAUGCUGAAAACAUUUUUUUUUCUCCUUUGUGUUAAAGAGACCAUGCAAAACACCAUGGCUGCAUCCAUUUUUUAUUUUGUGUUAGCACUUUGAUACCUUCCGGUGUUACACAACAAUUUGUUCCUGUUUUAAAACCAAGGAGACCAUUAAAAAUUACUCCUGACCAAGUGAA